AUGUCAACAAUUCCAUUAAAUAUAAAUUAUCAAUCAGUAACUAAGAAAAUUUCAAUUAAUAAAACAGAUCCGAUUUCAAAAGUAAUUGUUAAAUCGUUAGAAAUUUUUAAAAUUAAUUCAUCAUUAUAUUCUGGUUCUUUAUUACAUAACAACAAGAUUUUAGAUGAUUCAUUACCAAUUAGAUUUACUGAUUUAGUCAAUAAUUCAAAAUUAAUAUUUAAAAUUAAAAAAUUAGAUAUGAAUAAAGAAGUUAAUGUUAAAUUUAUAAUUGAAAAUAAUUCGCCAAAAAUUGAAAAAAUAAAUAUAAGUAAAAAUUUAUUAGAAUUGAUUGAAAAAUUUAAUGUUGAUAAGAGUAGAUCAUCACAAUUAAGAAUAUUUAAUUUAACUAUUAAUUCAUCAGAUUAUGAACAUACUCAAUUAAGUUCUAUUAUUGGUGAUGUUGGUAAUGUAGUUAUAAGAUUAAAUUAUUUGAAACUGGACAAUGAAAUUAUGAAAUUAAAGAAAGAGCAAGAGGAUAUUAAUAAGUUACAAAUUGAACAAAAUAGAAUUAGAAUGGAGGAAGAGAAAAAAAGAAAUGAAGAAAGAAGAGAAAAAGAAUUAUUAGAAGGAAGAGAGAAAGAAUUAGUAGAAAGAAAAAGGGAAAUUGAACAAAAAGAAAAGGAACAAGAUAUUGAAAUGAAAGAUGAAGAUGAUGCAACUAUCAAAUCUGAUAAAACAGUAGACAUGAAAGAUGAAGGAAAUCAACCAACUGAAAAUGAAGAAGGUAUGAAAUUGUUCAUACCAUCAAAUAAAGAUCCUCAUACUCAUACUUAUGAAAAUCCAGAUAAUGAUUAUGAAAUGAAUGUAGAUACUUUGAAAAUCUACCAAAAUUCAAUUAGAUCAUCUGGAAAAAGAUUAAAGAAAAAUAAAGAUACAACCAGGAAUAUUUCAAAAUAUAAUAUUAGAAUUAAAUUUCCUGAUGGUUCAAUUUUACAACUUAAUUUUACGGAGAACGUAAAAGACAUUAAAUUUGGUCAAUUAAUUAAAAAAAUUGAUGAAUUAUUAUAUCCACAAUUUUUAAAUCAUUAUAGCUUAAAAUUUGGUCAUCCACCAUUUAAAAAAAUUGAUUUAUCAUUUAAAAAUAAUACUGAAUAUUUAUAUAAAAUUCCAGAUUUUCAAAAUGAAAGAAUUGUAUUAAUUUGGGAAUUAAAUAAAAAAGAUCUUAAUGGACCAUUUAUUAAACAAGAUUUUGAAAAUUUAAUAAUUAAAGAUAGUUCUCAACUUCCUGAAAUUGUUUUGGAACAAAAUAGAGGUAAUGAGGAAUCUAAAGCAAUUGAACAUAAGAAAACUGAAGUAGAUGAAAAUAAAACGAAAUCGAAAUCAAAAGUACCAAAAUGGUUUAAAAUGAAAUAA